AUGAGAGGCUUUAGAUGGUCUACACGGCAUAGAAAGUCUACUUACAACAGUGGCAACAAUAAUAACAACGAAUAUAAUGAUAAUAAUGAUAACAAUACUACCACAGAUACAACCCAUUUAAGUUCUGUGACUUCUUCUUCUUCUUCAAGUCAUGACCAACAUUUGCAUACCCAUUCUACAAAAAGGAAGAGUUCUUUUAUCUCUGGAAGAUUCAGCAAAUCUACUGAGAAUAUAACAGAAGGUUCAAAUACUUCGGUGAUCACUGCAAAUAAUCCAACUAUAAAUACUGCAAAUACUACUGGUAACCAUAAUAUUAAUGCGAAUAGUAUCAACAACAACAACAAUAGCAGCAGCAAAAACAAUAGUAGUAGCAACAGCAUCGGCAGUAAUACCAAUCCUGAUAGCAAUAUGAAUAAUAAUUCGGGGUCUGCUAGUAGUAACAACGGUUCAAGCAUAAGUAUUGUUAAUAAUAUUCCUACAACUGCAAAUGUUAGACCAACUUCAACCGCUGGCAGUACAGAAGUGUUUUUAGAUAAUGAGAAUUAUGAUACAACUAUCUUUAAGGUUGGUUGGUUAAACAAAUCAGUGGGAUUCAUCCACCCUCUACGGAGAUCUCCCAGUAAUCAUUCGUUGUCACAGCCACAACAGCCAUCUUUGAGUGCAAACAAUAAUGAUACAGACUCUUUGAAAACCCAAAUUCCGAGUGAACAUAGUUACCAAGAUACAGUCAUUCCUGAUUAUAGAGUUCAUAAAGCUGUUUUGAAGGGUUCUGUUCUUUCGUUAUACAAAAAUGGUCUCCAUAGUAACAUAAAAUAUUUUGACCCUUUACUGAAAAAGAGCUCAAAUAAUAAUGAAACACAUCAUAACAUCAGUAAUAAUAACGAACAUAUGCAUCAACAUAAUACUCAAAAUCAAAAUCAAAAUCAACAAAUUAUUAAUCAUCAUGACACCCAUAACGAUAAGAAGCAGAAUAUAGAUUCAACAUCUAAUUAUAUCGAUACAAAAAACAUUCAGAUCAAAUUUACUUCAGAUUCUUUUCCUCAUCCAAAUUUAAAAUUAGAUAAAAAUGGGAAAAUAAUAUCAGGCACAGUAGAAAGUCUUUCUCAUGCUGUUCUAUUUCAAGAUGCAUCAUCCCGUAGCACAAUAAAUUUAAUAUUAAUUUUGCCUUUAUUGGAAAAUUUUAAUAAAUUUUUGAGUUGUUUUGUCCAGUACACAAAAUUAUAUAUUAAUUCAAAGAAGCAUCACCAAAUUAUAGUAGAAAGAAUUUCAUUAUUAAUUAAAACUAUAGCAGAAUUACUCUCUAGUUUCUUGCUAAUAGAUUCAAAUUAUCAAUUACUAAUUCAACUAAUAAAAUUGACUUCAUCUGAAAAAUUAAUUUCUUUAAUUGAUUUAAAAAUAUCAAAAAUCAGAAACUUAAUCUUUUUCACUAAUUUAAUUCCAGAUCCUUCUGCUUCAAAUUAUUUAUUGAAUUCUAAUAAUUUUCUACAAAAUGUUGACAUUGAUAAAUUUACAGAAACCUUCCAUAGGAUUAAUUUGAAAUUUGAUAAAAUUUGGUCUCCUCGAUUAGACUAUUCAUUAUUAUAUGAUUCAAACUUCACUCACUUAAAUCUAUUUGAUAAUAAAAAGAAUUUAAAAUUGAAAAAUUUGAAUCCAUUAGUCUUUAAUAAUAAUGAGAACUUUCAUCUACUAGGAAGAUUAUUAACUAUCCAUGUUAUGAAUACACACUCAACUCCAAGUCAAAGGGCAAAAUUAAUUACAAAAUGGAUUAAAAUUGGUUGCAAGUUCGAACAAAUUGGUGAUAUGGUAUCUUGGUUGGCAAUCGCAACUAUUAUUUGCUCUCUACCAAUUUUACGACUUCAAAACACUUGGAAUUUCAUAGAUGAAGACCUCCUAAAAAUUCUUUUCAAGGAUUGGAUCCCAACAAUAAUCCAACUUGACAGACGACAGUUUUCAUCCAAGUCAACACAAAGUGUAUUCAUUUUAGCUCCUCCAAAUUUGAACGAUCCAAUAAUUAGAAAUAAUGUAAUAUCAUACUUUGGUGAUCUUAUGAUUCACGCAGAUGAAUUACCAUCUGAUUCAAAAUUGAAAUAUUUAGAGAAGAAAAUUAAUCGUACUAAGAAUGCUUUCCAUAAAUGGGAACAAAAACUGCAUGAGAAUGAUAAUCUGGCAAUUCCGUCAAUGGCAAAUAUGAAUCAAUUAGAAUUAGAUAAUUAUGAAUUUCAAGAUUUAAUUAAAAAAGAUAAUGUAUCCAAUUCAAUUUUCCACUAUUGGAGAUUUCAUCUUUCACAGCCAAAUAUGAAUGUUGAAAAUUUGAUGAAACUAAGUUUACAAAUAGAGCCAUCUCGUUUGGAUGCAAAAUCAUAUUCUUCAAAUGUUAGUCAAAGGUCGCCACUUCUUUCUGGAAGCUAUCUUCCAAUUAUAUUCAAUGAUUUAUUGCAAAAUUAUUCAUUAUUCACUAAAAAUUCAUUGAUUGGUGCAUCAGGAAUGUUAUCCCAUUCACAUUCUUCAAUGUUUGUUAACGAAUCCAACAAGAAAAAUCCUCCUCCAAGAUCAUCAGCUAGAAUUUCGAAGACUAUCUCAAUAAGCGAACCACUAUCGGUCGUUAAUUCGAAUCUAUCAAAUAUUAUUGACUUGAAAAGUUCUAAUAAUGAUGCUUCCAAACAGGUUACGGGGUUUAAUAAAGUUGAUAUGCCUACUAUUAAAGAAAUUUCUAUGAAACAAUCAAAUAAACAGAAAAUGAUGAGGAGUAUAAGAGAUAUUCUAAACAUUGAUAUGGAUCUUUUCCAUAUCUCCAACGAUCUAAUUUUUAAAUCAACUGAUGAUAAUGAAGUUACAUCAAGGCCUGCAUCAAUUGUAAUAGAAUCAGCUAAGCGUUUUUCACAAUUGUCUAUCUCAAAUAAUACCGAUGGCUCAACAAUAAAUAGGGACAAUCUGGAUUCUCAAAGCAUUUCAACUAAAAGUCUUGAAAAUAUGGACUUUUUCAAAAAUAUUUCUAAAAUUUCUGAAACGAUUUCCGAAACAACAGUUAUCAAUACUGUAUUGAAAUCAGGUUCAUUAGACAAAAUCUUUGAUUUGCUAGUGUUAACAAUUAAUAUUUUCUCCAAUUCAAUUGAUACAGAUGAUUUGAAAAACUAUUUUAAUAGCAGAAAAAAGAAAUCAAAUUUCAAUCCAAAUUUAAACUUGGUUCAGAAUUACAAUUUUGAAAACACUAGGCUACCCAAGUCUCCAUCUUCAACAAAUUUGAGUUUGUCUCGGGAGAAGGAUAGUGAUAUUGGACUCUUAGAUUAUGCAUUUGUUAGAUUAUCAAUGGAUAAUACAAAUUUUACGGAGACUUUUUUUAACACCUACAAGACAUUCACUACUGCUACAUCGGUAAUUGAAAAUUUGGCCAAAAGGUUUAUAAAAGCCAAAAAUUGUGCUAUAUCAAUUUCCUAUAUGUUGUUGCCAAUAUCAGAAACCAACUCAUCAAAUAGCACUGACAAGAAUCAAAAUAUGAAUUGGCAUUUGCAAGUUCCGGAUUGGGAUAUUAAAAUUACCAAUGAAGAAGACAUCAAUUACAUAUUUGUUAUUAUGAUUCAUAUUGGUGUGAUGGAGGCAACCUUGCAUUUUGUUAAAAACCAUUAUUCUGACUUAACAGAUGAUUUGGAAAUAAAACCGACAUUUUUAGAUUUCUUUAAAAUUAUGGAACAAGAAGUUACUGUUGAAUGGCCGAAUAUAAUUAAGUUGAUCAAAAAUGAUCCUAACUCAAAGCAUGAAACUUUACAAUCUAUUGAAUCACACUUCCUAAGGAUUAACGAAUUAUUUUAUAAUAUUAAAGAAUCUUUCCAAAAUCAAUUGUAUAAACCUGUUGGAGUAAGUCCAUCAAAGAGGGAAGCCCUCAAUUUACUGGAUAAGUUUUCAAAUAUCUCAUUCGAUGAGUUAAGCACCUUGUUCAAUACAGAUACAGAGAAUAUUGAUAAUAUGUUGUCAGAUUUUACCUCGUUGGAUUAUAAAGAUUAUCCAUCAAUACUAUCAUGGAUCAAUAGACUUGAUUGUUUCGUUACAAAAAAUUUCAACUUAGCUAAUAAUGGGGAAUUAUUUAUUACAUAUGAACAAUUAAAUCUGUUCUCUACCCAAUCAUUGACUGCCCUUUUUAACUGUUCUCCGCAAUCAGAGACGAUUAAAUUAUUGAAUUCAGGAUCACUCCAAUUGGUAGAGUUGAGCAUAUCGAAUAUUUUUACAUGGAUUACUUCAAUUACCUACGAUGAUGGUUCACUUUUGUUUGACGAUUUGCCAACAUCUGUAAAGGUGCUCAUCAAUUUGCAUAAAUCAUUAACCGCCUUUUUCACAAUUAUUAUAUCAGAUGUGAACUGCAGUUUUGAUAUUCGUUUGAAUAGAUGCUGUGUGGUAUUGCAAAUAUUGAAUUAUGUUCGUUGGAAAAACUCAUCAUUAGAUUUAUUUGACAACCAGACUCCUGAAGAUCCAAAUUCAAGUAUAUCUCCACAUAUUCCAUCGUUUAUUGAAACUGCUAUAUCAAAUGCUAUGGUAACUCCUGAAUCAAGAAGUUUUGAAUUGGCCUGGAGAACUGCAUACUCCUUAAUGAAUUCAAACCACUCUGAAAAACCAUUAAGAUCUAUUUAUAAGAUUAUGGAUGAUAUUGAUGACAUUCACAUAAAGUCGUUUAUCGAGAUAGAUAUGACUGUUUUAAAUAAACCAAAAAAUUUAUCUCCAUGUCCAGGUUGGUUUAUUUCAAGAUUAUUAGAAAUUUCACAAUUUGUUCCAAAUAUGAGCAUGACGAAUUCCAAAUUAAUCAAUUUUGACAAGAGACGAUUUGUUCAUAACUUUAUUUCCAAUAUUUUUGAUUUAAUUCCACAUUAUAAUGAAUCUGAAGACAACACUAGAGAUGAGUUUGGAUCGAUUUUAUAUUUUACUUUUGAUAAAAAAUCUACAACAUUCAGACAAAAAGUUAAAAAUGUUUCUAUUUUAGAAUCAAAACAAAUGAAUUUCAAUGAUUCUGGCUUAUUCAACGAGUUAUUAAUAAACGAAGUAGAUAAAUUGAAGAGAGAACAGAGGAAGAGGGAAACGCUAUUAAGCCAAGAACGUGAGUCAAAAAAGACGUCGACAUUACAGGAAACAGUAGCCAAGAAUAAACGCAAUUCUGUUAUCAUUCCAAAUAUAUAUCAAUCAACCCCACCUCGUUCUGUGCAUCUAUCAAAUUCAACUUCUAUUUCAUCAAGAGAUAAGAGAGGUUCUGUACCGGUAAUGUCUUCAAGGAAUUCUAUGUCUGCUACAUCUCAUACUGGUGUAAGUAAAAAACUGGGUGAAUUUUUCAGAAGUCCAUUCUUUUCUUCCUCAUCAUCAAACACUUCUCUGAAUAGUAUUUUAGUCCACGAUGUUCAAGGUAAUGGCUCAAUUUGUCCAGCAGCUUUACCAAGCAUCGAUAUAUCAAUCCUACAGGAUAAUAAAGCUCUUCACACAAUUAGAACUUUUGAAAUAAAAUCCAUUGUUCCAACGGUCAACCAUAGAAUGAACCCAGCAUAUUUAUAUUCUUUCAAGAUAGUAAUGCAGAACGGAUCAGAUUACAUGAUACAGGCAUCUAGCUUAGAAGAUUUGAAUGAAUGGGUAUCGAUGAUCAAGGCUUCGAAGAGGUAUUCGUUUUAUUCUAGAAAAUUUAAGGGUAGAACUCACAACAAGAUUUUUGGUGUUCCAUUGGAAGAUGUUUGUGAACGCGAGAGUACAACUAUUCCAACAAUAGUGACUAAGCUAUUAGAAGAAAUUGAACUUCGUGGUUUAGAUGAAGUGGGCUUAUAUAGAAUUCCCGGCUCAGCAGGUAGCAUUAACGCAUUGAAAAAUGCAUUUGAUGAAGAAGGGGCUAUUUCAAAUAGUUUCACAUUAGAGGAUGAUAGAUGGUUUGAAAUCAAUGCCAUUGCUGGUUGUUUUAAAAUGUAUCUGAGAGAACUACCUGAUAGUUUAUUUACGAAUGAGAAGGUAGGAGAUUUUGCACAGCUAGCAAUUAAUUACAAGUCAGGACGGAUUUCAGAGAACGAAUUCACCAGUAGAAUGAAUACUUUACUAUCCGAACUUCCUACUUGUUAUUAUCACACUAUGAAACAAAUUGUCACUCAUUUGAAUAGAGUUCAUCAACAUGUCAGUCAUAAUCGUAUGGAUGCUUCUAAUUUAGCAAUCGUUUUUUCUAUGAGUUUUAUUGAUCAAGAAGAUCUAGCAAGUAGUAUGGGUGCCAAUUUAGGUGCUAUACAGACAAUUUUACAGCAUUUUAUAAAAAACCCAGAGACAUAUUUUAUUAAUUAG